AUGGGACAAGGAGCAUGGAGGGACUUGGCACAUGGAAGCAGCUCAACUGGAUACGCAAAGGAAGAAGGGAGAAGCCAUCUUGAAGACCAGCUCGACCGUCCACUCGACCAACCGGUCGAGUUCCUCAACUCGACCGGCCAAGCUUCAACUCGAUCGAGCUGGAAGUCAAAACGUCUCCAGGUCGGCUGCUUCAAGGUAGGGAAGAAGUUUCUUCUUGGUCUUCAAGGAGAUAGUUUUGGAGGACUAUCCCAGAAGGUGGUGGUGCUUGAGGGCUUGACAUCUCUUGUUCGUCCAAGAGGUCUCUUUGAGGUGGUAUGUGGCGAAGUGGGAUCGCCUUUAUAG